UCUAUCCUCUAUCCCUCUCUUUCAUUUUAAUUUCCCUCCAUUUCUCUGACCCCUUCCUUCUAAUUCCUCCCAGUCUUCGGUUCCCUGUCCCUUUGUCCCUAGAGCAUCUGUGGGAGCAUUAACCACUUCCUUCCAACAAUGUCCAACAACAUGGCCAAGAUUGCUGAGGCCCGCAAGACAGUGGAGCAGCUGAAGUUGGAGGUCAACAUCGAACGUAUGAAGGUGUCCAAAGCUGCGGCCGAGCUGCUGGCCUUCUGCGAGGCGCACGUGAAGGAGGACCCGCUGGUGACCCCGCUGCCCGCGGCCGAGAACCCCUUCCGCGAGAAACGACUCUUCUGCGUCCUCCUCUGAGCCCCCGGGCCCUCAAAAACACAGAAAUAAAAUGAGUGGCUAAUGCGUCUC